AUGCCUCCUCGAACUCCUACCAAGGCCAAGGCUGAGGUCAAGGACUCGCCUACCAAGAGUUCCCAUGAGUGGAAUGAACGCAACCUGAUUUUCCUCUGGAACUGCAUGGUCUACAUCAAGGCCGGCUCGGCGGGUGCUAAACCUGGCACGCAAAUUGACUUCGAAGCAGUCGCCGACCACUACGGCAUCAAACUGUCGGCUGCCCGCAUGCGCUUUGCUCGUCUGCGUGACCACAUGGAGAAGGUGGCCGCUGUUGAAGCCACUGCCAGGGCUGGGGAGAAGUUUGAGGAGAAGCGACAGGCUGAGGCUGAGGCUGAGGCUGAGGCCGAGGCUUCCCCUGCCAAGGUCAAGGCUGAGGCUGAGGAGAACACCACCGUCUAA